CGCAGCUUUUGGCUAUCUAAGCGCUAUACCGGCGCGCACGCACGUAGAAAGAGACCGCUGGAGCGUUUCAUCGCGAGCCCGAACAGACCUCUGCCUCUGGAGGCGACAGCUGUGCUCGCUGGGCUCUAGUUAACAAUGAUGGUGCUCUAUCUCAUCUCUCUGGUUUACGCCGCGGCGGCGGCGGGAGGGAACAGUUCUCCACCGGGCGCCGGGCACGUCACCACGGUCAACCGCGCGGCGCCCAAGGCGCAGCCGGCUCCGGGGAAGACGCCCCUCGCGCUCCUCGCCUCCGUCGGGGGCGCUCCACAAGCCGGGAAGCGCGCGCCCCUGGCGCGCGCCCGGGCCCAGCACGCCACCGCGAUCAAGCACGCCCAGCUCGUGCACCUCCACAACCGGACGCGCGCCGAGCUCGCGCGGCGGCACCGCGGGGCGAACGCGACGAACGCGACGGCCGCCGCCGCCGCGCCCCCGACGGCCGGCGUGCGGACCGGGGCGGGCGGCGCGCGCGACGGGACGGGACGCCCGCCCGCCGCCGCCGCGCCGCCGGGCGAGCGACGCGCGCGACCCGGCGAGCCGCGGCAAAACGCGCCGGGCGCCGACGCGCCGCGACGCCCGCCCGGCGGCGGCGCCGGCGCGAAUGCCCGGCGCCCGCCGGGCCGCGCCGACGCGGCGGAGCGGCACCGGCACCGCCGGAAGCGGGCGCGCGACGGCCAGGACGACGCGCCGACGCCGCGCGAGAAGGCCAUACCGGCCGUCUUCAUCGCGCUCUCCGGGCUGGCGCUGGCGUGCUUCGCCGCGAAGGCGGUCUUCAACGCCCAGAGCGUCGACGACGCCGCGACGCCGACGUCGCCGGCGAAGGCGCGCCGCGUCGAGCUCCGCGAGAAGCUCCUGCGGGCGCAAGCCGUGCCGCCCGCGGACGCGCCGCCGCCGCCCCACCAGUGGUCCGGCGGCGAGCUCGACGACGUCGACGUCGAGGUCGACGCGCCGAGCCCGGUGCGGCUGCCGGAGGCGCCCGCCGCGCCCCGGCCGUGA